AUGGACUAUCCCAAGAGUCCGCCCAAAGCCACCUUCAAGACGCGCAUAUACCAUCCCAACGUCGAUGAGAAGACCGGUGCAGUGUGUCUCGAGACACUAAAGAGAGAUUGGGAUCCGAAGUUGACUCUGAAGGACAUCCUGGUCACCAUCUCAUGCCUCUUGAUUCAACCCAAUCCCGAUUCCGCACUGAAUGCAGCCGCUGGAGCUUUGAUACAAGAAGACUACGACGCGUUUUCAACGCAAGCGCAGUUAAUGACAAGGAUACACGCGCCCAUUCCCAAGCAUUUGUUAGCGGCUGUCCAAGAAGCGAAGCGACGGGGUGAAGAUGCUGACCACAAACCGGAAUCAAAGCCUACCGCUGGCCAAGCAACGCCUGAACAAGAUGACAUGAAGGAAAAUGAUGCGGGUGGACUUGGCGAGUCGUCCACAUGUCCCCUUCCCGGAUCGCAGACGAGUAUCAGAUCAAAGCGGCCUCUGUCGGAACUACCGGUCCCCGAAGAUAAUGAUGCUGGGAGCUUGUCUGACACCGACUCAGAGCCUAGAAGGAAGUCACCCAGGAUGACGGCCUCAGGUGUAUCAGAUCGGACCACAAAUUCCCAGGCAGCGGCAACCAUAAAGCAAGGCGAGAAAGCGCCCACGGUCGAAGAGGGCGAGGCGGAAGGAAACAAGGUUGCAGCCCAGCAGUCAUGCGUUCCUCCCUACCCAUCUAAUGUAUCCGGUCCCGUGGCAGUACGCAAACCUUUGAGCACGAAAAGGAAAGGGCAGCCACGUAUAGGGAUUCGCAGGCUCUGA